GCCAUUGUCGUUGAUGUCUCGUUCCGCCGCGAGUUCCGUUGGCUCAAUAACCGGAGAAUCGCCACAGAAGAAACUGCUUCAAUCGGCGUCUUCUUCUUCUUCUCUGGCAAUACUUCAUGACGAAAUCGCUGUGAGUUGCUUCGCACGCGUCCCGAGAUGUUACUACCCGGCGAUUUCACUCGUCUGCAGGAACUUCAGGCGUUUAAUGGCUUCGCCGGAGAUCUACAUCGAACGGUCAGUAAUUCGUCGCACUGAAAAUAUCCUCUAUGUUGCAAUUAGAUCAGAAGCUACAAAAACCCUUAGCUGGUACACACUCAAUCUAAAACCCUUUGGAACAACAGAGAUUAGCCAUAGAUUAGUUCCGGUUCCAUCAUUCCCUUCAAUUCCUGGAUAUGGAACAACUAUUAUCUCGUCCGGUUCUGAAACUUACGUCAUUGGUGGAUGCAUUGACGGAGAAUUAGUCUCUACUGUGUCUGUCAUCGAUUGUAGAUCUCACACUUGUCGCUUCCUCCCUAACAUGAAGGAGCCACGUAAAUGCGCCGCCGUGGGAUUGAUCGACGGGAAAUUAUAUGUUGUCGGAGGUUGUAACGCUCCGUCUUUGAGUUGGGUCGAGGUAUUCAACUUCAAGAAGCGAACUUGGGAGUCUGUUUUAAGUCUGGAUAAUGUGGACAUGGAUGAGCAAAUGAACUUCUUUGUGAUGAAUGAUAAGAUCUAUAGAAUAGGUCAGAAUACUAUGUUUGUUUACGAUCCGAAAAAGGGUAGAUUCGAGGAAGACUUGGCGUUGGGAAGAUUAUGGUUCAACGAAUCUUGCCCUAUAGAUAACGUGUUGUACGGCUUUUAUUGCAUGAACCAAAUACUUGCGUACGAUUUAGUUGUGGGGAUGGGGACAGUCUUCUGGGGUCUUGAAGGUUUACCUGAGGGGCUUCAAAGUUGUACAGGUAGAAUGGUGAAUCAUGGUGGACGACUUGCAAUUCUGUUUAAGAAGUCUCCAACAGAAAUUUGGCGUACAGAGAUUGCAAUAGAGAGGGCAGAAGAAGGAGGAUAUAUUAGUGGGAAGUUCUUGUGGUCUAAUCAUGUGCUUACUUUGACAGAUUCCUUCAUCAUUGAACGAGCUCUAGCUGUAACAGUUUAAUUAUCCCGCGUGACAAGUGUUAUAAAGGUAUGCUUCUGACUCAAAUAUCCUUGGUUUUUGUGAUGGAGCAUGAAUUACCGUUUCAAGUAUUUGAUAGGAGCUUUUGCUGUUAUAUCUAUUGUAUUGCGUUCAGAUGACUUUGCAGGAACCAAUAUCUGAUAAAGUUAGUUACGUGUGGAUUCGACUGGCGAGCUUGUGAGAUAUAUUAGUUUUAAUGGUGUAUCGAACUUGGCAUUCAUAUAUCGUGUUCUUGUAUGUUGCAGCUUCAAACAUGAAAAACCUCGCAAGUAUUGGAGCAGCUUGGUAUGAUAAAGAUGAAGCAACUUAGUAGCCGUAGUAUCUUAUAAACUAUUGGAUGUCCCCAUGUCGGUAUAUAGAACCUAUCUUUUGGAUCUUUGGGCUAAAUGAAUGCGAGUACUUUUGCAAUUUCUUGCCCUUGUUUAUUGCUUGUACAACUCUAUCUAUGCAACUUUAUUGUUUGAUCAAAUGUUACUAAUUGUCUUUACCUAUGAAUCUCUCUC